AUGAAGUUGUUGCUACAGAAGGCGGAUGACACUGAUUGGGGUAAGCCUAGAGAUGGAGGCAAGGUCCUAUUUAGUUAUAAGACCUCAUGGGCUGCAAGAGUUUAUGCUGCACAGGAUCAUACGACAGGGGUCCCUAAAACGUCCCUUUUUUGGUCAUUGGAUAAAGAAUGCGAAAGUGUUAUAGCGUUGGUAAAAGCUUCGGGGUUAUGGCUUGCAAUUGAGUAUCGACAGAAGGACUUUGAUAUUGUUACUUUUUACGGAUUCAGGGAAAUAUUUUGGGAUGAAACAAAAACUUUUCACCUUCCGUUCGGUGAUAUGACUAUCACCCCAAAUGAUGUUUCUCAAAUUACCGAGCUCCCCGUGGAAGGUAAAGCUGUUUUUCAGGAUUUUGACAAUCAAAUGACAUAUGAAAAUCUUUAUGACUUAGCCUUUGAGUGUCUUGGAUGGGCCAAGUCUGUGGCUGAAAAAGAGUUUUGGUCUUCUCCUGGAACCAAACAAUCACAAAAGAGAGCCAAAAAGGACGGGAAAGGACAACAUGAUGAAAAAUAUUUAAUUGAAGAGCUUAAGGGAAAAUUGUCGAAAACACUCUGUUUUGAUGACAUGACUAACGACGUACCACGGUACUCGUGGGACACUACAACCUUUACUUACCUAUUUGAAUCUCUUGGUAAAGCUUCUAGGUGGAAUUGCUUCCAAGUUGCAGGAAAGUCAUGGGUUUAUGACCAUUUUCCUACUUUGAGGCCAAAUAAGAAUACGAAGUGGCACGCAAGUUUACCUACAUGA